GUUUGGAAUACUGAAACACUAAAAUGUCUUUAUGUAAUACAAUCAAGUCAUGAUGUAGGGGAUCUAUUUUCAGUAGUUUAUUCCGAUUCUUUGGAAACUUUAUAUAUUGGAUGUCAAAAUACCAGUAUACAACAAUUUGAUUUGUCUGUCAAAGAAAAAUACAGAUCUUUGCAUUUGCCAAAUACAUGUAAAUGCUCUAAAUUCUUUGAUACUAUGCCACCUAAAUUGUCGGAUGAUAACAAAGGGAUUGUGGCUGCUAAUGUUUAUGCUGAAAUUAGUUAUAUUCCCAAAAAUGAAAUUGAUGAUAUUGAUAUCCCAAGAUACGAAAUUGAUGACACAAUGGUAUAUUGGAAUAGCCAUAAUGGAUAUGUGUAUGCUUUAUUAUUGGGAAAGAAUAAGGAUGGUGAGAUCUUGGUUAGUGGAUCUGGUGAUGGUGAUGUAAAGAUUUGGUCUGUUGAGAAGAAUUCAAUGAACCUUUUACGAAUUCUAAAAGGCUCAGAUGCAGGUGUUCUGACCAUUGCUUUACAUGAAGAUUUAUUAUUCUGCGGUGCCCAAGGUGGGGACAUUAAGAUUUAUGACAUAGAAACUUAUCAGCAUAUACGUUCUCUCAUGGCUCAUGAGUAUUUGGGCAUGAGUUUUAUACAAGUG